AUGUCUUCUAUAAAACCUGGUGAUAAAUUUCCCGCUGGUGUCACUUUCAGUUGGGUUCCUUAUACCGAAGAGAAGUCCGACGUUACCGCCUGUGGACGUCAGGUAGAGCUCAACGCCUCUGACGAAUGGGCAGAUAAGAAAGUCAUUCUCUUUGCUGUCCCAGGAGCCUUCACUCCCGGAUGUUCCGAGAAGCACCUCCCUAGCUACAUCAGGAAUUAUAACGAAUUGAAGAACAAAGGCAUAGAUGUCAUUGCAGUGAUAGCCUACAAUGAUGCCCAUGUGAUGGCCGCUUGGGGAAAAGCCAAUAACGUGAAGGGGGAUGAUAUUCUAUUCCUCUCCGAUACAGGAAACAAGUUCUCUGAGAGUAUCGGAUGGACAAAUGGGCCUAGAUUGGCCAGAUAUGCCCUCGUUAUUGACAAGGGAAUUGUUACCUAUGCUGCGAAGGAUAACAAAGGGGAGGUUGAUGUCUCUGCCGCUGAAGCCGUUCUGGCGAAGUUGUGA